UGUCUUCUAUUUCUACAUGGUUUUGUUUGUUAUGUGGAACCGUAAAUCAAUAUUAUUCUAUGAGAUUUUCUAGGUACGAUGUUGGGAAGUGAUGGGAAGUGGAACCAACAUUGGAACUGUACCCAAGGCCGCCAUAUCACAUGAACAGCCGGUUUUAUGCUCAGCUUGGAAGGAUGAUGGGACAACUGUCUUCUCUGGAGGUUGUGACAAGCAAGUUAAAAUGUGGCCUCUAUCUGGUAGUCAACCCGUAACAAUAGCCAUGCAUGACGCUCCUGUCAGGGAAUUGGCUUGGAUCCCAGAGAUGAAUCUCUUGGUCACAGGAAGCUGGGAUAAGACUCUGAGGUAACUGGACUUUGAAGUUGAGCAUAUUGCAUUUCUCAA